AUGCAGGCCGCCGCUACUGCCGUCAGGUUCUCGGCCGUGCUGCCCGCCAAGGCCCGGCCGGCGGCGAGGAGCACGGUGGUGGCUCGUGUCCCUGCCACAAGGAGGAGCGUCCGUGCGGCUGCCACCGCCGUCGUCGUGGCGGAGCCUGCGCAGGUCGACUACAGCUCGAGCUUCUCGGUGUUCCCGAUGGAGGCCUGCGACCUGCUCGGCGGCGACGCGUGCAUCGGGCAGAUGUACCCGGAGGCCAAGCUCGCCGCGGCGGCGCCGGAGGCGAGCAGGAGGGUGGACGGGGUGGAGAGGGAUUACCUGUCCUACGACGAUCCAAAAACGGUGUUCCCGGGCGAGGCGUGCGACCACCUCGGCGGCGAGUUCUGCGAGGCGCCGUACCUGGACGGCGUCUCCAGGGAGCUCGCGCACGCCUGA